UUUUUAUAGAGGGCGCCCUUAUGGAAAUUUACAUUGUGUGUAGUAGUACAAAAGACUCUUAGAUAUCUUCGGAAUGGUUACGUUUGGGAAGAGGGAAACCUGAUGUGAAGUUAAUCCGUUUUAUACUUAUACAGUGUGUUUUAUGUAAGCUGAGAAUGUUACAUUAAUUUCCGGUACAACUAAAAGAACUAGAAAUAUCGGAAAAUCCCAAAAACUGAUAGGGCUAAGCAUAUCCACACUACAUUUUAAAGACAUAUUUUUUUAAAUAUAACAGAACUAUGGGACCGUUCCGAGACUUCCGACUAACCUUGUACAUAACGGAAACAGCAAAGCUUAGUAAACUUGUUGAUCCAACUUUAGGUAUUUAGUACAGACGCUAUAAUAUAGUAUAUUAAAGUAUAAGUGGAUAAUACGGUCUUUAAAACACGCGCGAAAUAGCGCAAGUGUUUUUAAAGGCCAGUUAUCAACGAAUACUUUACGCUAUUAUUUAUUAUACCUGCAAUCUAUUUGAAAAUAAAGGAAAUAAGGAAAAAUCAUAUGAAUGUUAUUCUCCAAUACAUUUCUGAUUUAGUGGGCUGCUUUCGUAAUUCCAUGGUUACCGCAAGGGAAAUGUCUAGUUUUAUACGUCAAAUUUGAAGUAAGUCACUUUGUAACCUUUAAAACACGGCGUGCUUUAAAUGCCUUUUUUCGCAAGCUCAGGGGGGCUUUAAACGGCGAUUCUGAUGCAGGUAUAAUAAAAAAUAUGUAUCUUGAUGACAGGCGUAGACAAUUUUUUUUGGACAUUUCUGACUUAAUUAAUCUCUCUUAGAGGAUUCUGAGAAGUUCCACAGAUAUUUACGCGAUCUUUACAAAUUCUUCCAACAGGAGACAUUAAAAAAUGAUGAUCGGGCUCGAGAUACUGUACCAGAAACCAAUUAUUUCACAAACAACGAAGUCAUCUCUGCGGGAGCCAGAGUUUCAUGCAUGAGCAGUGUAAGAAAAACAAAGAAAAGGACAAUGUGUCAGUAUUGCAAGACGGACGUUACAAAUUUUGAGCGUCAUUUAGAACGCAAUCAUCGCGAUGAAAAAGAAGUUCUAGACUUUUUAUCCUACCCAAAAAAACACCAGGAAAGAAAAAAAAUUUUAAAUGUGAUCCGGAACUCCGGGCAUUUUCUCGAAUACUUGAGGGGUAACGUAAAACCGAAAUACAAUCAUAAUACAAAGAACAAGAAAUAUUUUCCUUGUUCACGAUGCAAAGCACUAUUGACGAAAGAGUAUUUAUCUCGGCAUAAAAAAAGAUGUGUGCUUAAAGAUGCAGGCGGUAAACAAAACCAAUUAUCUGCAUCACAGACUCUAAUCGCAACCGCAUUAGACCGAAAUAACACUCUUUCAAAAUUACGAGUGAAACAAGAAGUUUUUUCACAUAUGAAAGCUGAUCUAAUAUCACUGAUAGUGAAAACUGAUCCUUUAAUUUUUUCUUUUGGCGAGAAUUAUUUAAAGAAGCAUAAACGCGAACAACUUGUGUCAGUGUGCUCAAAUAAAAUGAGAGAAUUAGCAAGGUUUGUAAUAGAGUUUCGAAAAUGUACUAAUAAUUCCCGUCUUAAUUUACAAGACACUUUGAAACCACAAUUAUUUGAUGUUGCAAUUGAAUGUGCCAAAAAUGUUGGGGGAUACGAUUGUGAAAAAAAGACUUAUAGAGCACCGAGUCUCUCAGCUCACAUAGGGACGUCUCUAAAACAAGUAUGUGAAUUGUACAUGAGACUUUUGUUGAAAGAAGACAAAUCUAUAAACUGUACAAAUAAGGAGGAGCGCUUAAAAGAUGCGAAACGGUUUAAGGAUCUGAUCGAGUCCCAAUGGACGACUGAGAUAUCUAGCCUGGCCUUUAAAGAUCUUCAUGAAAAACAGUGGCAGAAGCCAUCAAUUCUGCCGUUGACGAAAGAUAUUUUAAAAUUCAAGGAAUACGUCACCGAUGUUGCCAACAAAUCUAUGGCGGUACUCAAAACCAAUCCAGAAAACAAAAAAGAAUUGACGAAUCUAAUUCAUGCAUCACUUGUUUUAACCAUAUUAUUCAAUAGAAAAAGAAUUGGGGACGUUCAGUAUACGUACCUGAAGACUUACACCGACCAUAGAGUAGGGCUUAAUCAAGAAGAGUGUAUAAAUGCAUUGUCCGAGUCAGAAAAAGCGUUGACUAAAUAUUAUAAACGAAUUGUAACAGGUGGCAAGGGUAGUAGACCUAUUGCAGUUCUAUUUCCCUUAAAUUUGCAAACUUACAUAGAUUUUUUCGUAAAAAUACGAUUGGAGGGGAACUUGGUUCCCCACAACAAUCCCUACUUAUUUGGAUGUCCAAAUACAGAAAAAUGGACCAAAGCUGACGUUGUUUUCCGAAAAUUUGCAACAAAUGCAAAUUUAGAGUUUCCCGCACAUAUAUCGUCAAACAAAUUACGUAAGCAAAUUGCCACAGUUAUGCAAAUAUUAAAUUUAACAAAGGAAGAAUCGGAACAAUUCGCCCAAUUUAUGGGCCAUACAGAAAAGACACAUAAUGAAUUUUACAAGUUACCACAAGACGUUUAUCAAACGGCAAAAAUUUCCAAACUUCUAUUGCUCAUGGAUAAAGGAGUAAACACGUUCCAAGGAAAAGCGUUAAAUGAAAUCGACAUUGACCCUCAUGUGGAAUUAGCAGAAGCGGAGUCGGACAACGAUGAGAUUCAGUGGACGCCACCAUCACCGUGUAAAUCGCAAGAUGAACCAGACGAAAAAUCAAAAAAAUCGAAAUUAACGGGUCGCACUCCAUGGACUGAAGCGCAAUCACUUCUGGUGAAAAAUCAUUUUAAAAAACAUAUCCGCCUAAAACAAGCACCAAAAAAAAAUGAAUGCAUAGAAUUUAUGGAAAAACAUCCAACAAUAUUUCAAAAUAAGGACUGGGUGAGGGUAAAAACAUUUGUGUAUAACACCUAUCGGAAAUAGAUUUAUAACAUUAUGUCUUUUUUAUCACACAUAGAAGAAUGUAUUUAUUUUAAUGAAUACUGUUUAUUUGAGUUUCUUUUUUCCCACUAGUGUACUGUUUUAGUUUUAUGAUUACGCCUAUAAAUU